ACUAUUGUAAAAGCGGUGUUUUGUUCAUACCUGAUAAACAAUGUGUUCAUGAUUGAAGAGAAUUUACAUUAAUUUAAUGAGAGGUCCAACUGAUUACAGGCUAGAUGCAAGGAAGAUGGCUGAGCUCCCGUCGUUUCAACCUCCAGUCAAUGCUACUCAAGUAGAUGAGGAGAAUGAUGCUGUCUUCCCAACAGCGUUGACAGAAUGGUUUUCGGAGGUAGGCAAUCAAGUUGGGGAAGUGGCCCUUAAACUCCUGUCAGGAGAGGGGGACGGUAUGGAGGUAACGCCUACGCCGGGAUGUACCGGGAACGGUACCGUCUGUAACGGGACUGACUCCGGCGGCGUGGUGUGGGACAUCCCGCCGCUAGCUCACUACAUGGUGGGCACGGCCGUGUUCUGUAUCGGGUGUUGCGGCAUGUUCGGCAACGCUGUCGUGGUAUACUCCUUCAUCAAAUCUAAAGGCUUACGGACUCCUGCUAACUUCUUCAUCAUCAACCUUGCUCUCAGCGACUUUCUCAUGAACCUCACCAACAUGCCUAUCUUUGCUGUUAACUCGGCUUUUCAACGCUGGCUUCUCAGUGACUUUGCUUGUGAGUUGUACGGUUUUGCUGGAGGAUUGUUUGGAUGUCUGUCCAUCAAUACGCUGAUGGCCAUCUCCAUGGAUCGGUAUCUCGUCAUCACCAAGCCUUUCCUGGUCAUGCGGAUUGUUACCAAGCAACGGGUGAUGUUUGCCAUCCUCCUGCUGUGGAUCUGGUCUCUUGUAUGGUCUCUUCCUCCCCUGUUUGGAUGGAGCGCCUACGUGUCAGAGGGAUUCGGAACGAGCUGCACUUUCGACUACAUGACGCCGAAGCUGAGCUACCACAUCUUCACUUACAUCAUCUUCUUCACCAUGUACUUCAUCCCCAUGGGUGUCAUCAUCUACUGCUACUACAACAUCUUCGCCACCGUCAAGUCAGGAGACAAACAGUUCGGCAAGGCCGUCAAGGAGAUGGCUCAUGAGGAUGUGAAGAAUAAGGCUCAACAAGAGCGACAGCGGAAGAAUGAGAUCAAGACCGCCAAGAUCGCCUUUAUCGUCAUCACCCUGUUCAUGUCGGCCUGGACUCCGUACGCCGUGGUCUCCGCGCUAGGGACGCUGGGAUAUCAGGAUCUGGUGACGCCAUACUUGCAGUCCAUUCCCGCCAUGUUUGCCAAGUCGUCUGCCGUGUACAAUCCUAUUGUGUACGCCAUCACUCACCCGAAGUUCCGCGCGGCUGUGAAGAAGCACAUCCCCUGCCUGUCAGGCUGUCUGCCGGCGGAUGAGGAGGAGACCAAGACAAAGACCCGAGGAACCUCCGCUACUGCCUCCAUGAGCAUGACCCAAACCACUGCUCCAACUCAUGACCCCCAGGCAAGCGUGCACUCCGCAUCUAGUGUGUCGGUGGACGAAGGCAGCGGCGUAUCCCGCCAGGACACCAUGAUGGUUAAGAUGGAAGUGGAUAAGAGGAUGGAAAAGGCCGAGGGAGGUGCAACGGAGUCCGCCCCGCAGGAGGGAGCCAGUGUACCGACUGUUUCUGCUCAGAUCGAAGUGCGGCCCUCUGGGAACGUGACUACCAAGGCGGAGGUGAUUCCGUCACCACAGACUUCUCAUGGUUCAUCGGCAAGCCCUGUUCCAAAGGUAGCUGAACUGAGCUCGUCUGCCACCCUGGAGAGCGCCGCUAUUCCCGGGAAGAUCCCCACCCCCCUCCCCAGCCAGCCGAUAGCAGCUCCGAUCGAGCGUCACAUGGCCGCCCUGGCUGAUGAGCCGCCCCCGAAGCCGAGAGGAGUGGCCACUACCGUGAACGUGAGGCGGACAGAGAGUGGGUAUGAUCGCAGUCAGGACAGCCAGCAGAAAAAGGUGGUUGGAGACACGCAUCGCAGUCGAUCUUUCAACACGACAAAGGACCACUUCGACGCCGAGCGACCGGCAACACUGAAGCAGCCCGAAGAGAUCCACAGCGGCGACACGACAAAGAAGACAACCCGGCAGUCUUCCGACACACAAGAGUACGACAACCCCGCUUUUGACGCAGGUAUCACUGAGGUUGACACAGACUCAGAGAACGAGACUGAGGGGUCGUAUGACAUGCUCUCUGUGCGCUUCCAGGCAAUGGCAGAAGAGCCCCCUGUGGAAACAUACAGGAAAGCCAGCGACUUGGCGAUCAAUCUUGGCAAAGCCUCGCUGAUGCUUGCCGAGGCCCAUGAUGAAACGGUUUUGUGAUUUUGCUGGCUAAAUAGGCUGCAAAAUUUCAAAACAAAAUUCAAAGAAAAACAGAAUAAUGAUUGGCGGCAUUGAUGGUAAGCUCCUUGACAUUGCAAGGAUAAUAAGCUUACACAUUCUGUGUAACUUUGAAGGGCGAUUGUACCGGAUGCACAGAUAAAGAUUAUUUCACAUUCUUUCACACUGUUGACAAAAUACUCCUCGUCCAGUAACGUUUUAGAAGGUCCUAAGUAUGGACAUGCUCUGUAAAUGACACCAAACUGUAGGUGAAACGUUCCAUGCAGAUGUACAAUAAUAACAAAAGCAUCUCACAGAAGAGUGUUAAAACUGCGUAUACGCAGCGUGCUGCAUUGUGGGUAAUUUGUGAAAUGAAUGUUAAUCGUGGGACGAGUAGGGUGGGGAGUUCUCUUUACCUACAUUAAGAUCAUAGUUCAUAUGUCGGCAAGUGAGUUUUACUAUCAGCUGAGAUGUAUUAAUAGAACAUCCAUACUAAUUCAAACGAAUGAUGAAUAUGGCUAUAAAAAUUGGUCUUGUGUUAAUGGUAAUGCUGAUUACAAUUUGCGUUAACAAUACCUCUAGUUAAAUAAGUCUAGUGUCUUUUAACCUUUCUUUGACUCUGUAAUUGUAUUAAUUACCUUGUGUAUAUCUAUUCAAGAUCAGCAAAUAGUAUAUUUUAAAGAACGUUUUAGCUAAAUGAUAAAAUAUUAAGUAAAAUA